GCUAUACCCAUUUUUUGGACAAUAAUGACCCACAAAGGCGAAGAAUGUUAUCGAAGAGUUUUUGAAUUUUUAAAACAAAAAAUUCCAACAUUCAACCCUUCAAGCUAUAUGUCCGAUUUCGAAUUUGGGUUGCACAAUGCGAUAAAAGAUGUUUUUCCAAAUAUUGACGCCAAUCAUUGUCACUUUCACUAUGCUCAGGCUCUCAUAAAUAAAUCAACAGAGAUAGGAUUAAUAAACAAGACAACAAUUAGACCUGGAACACAUCCGGAAAUCUACAUUGUUGUCAAGCAACUUAUCGCUCUGGCACUUUUACCUCCAAAUUUGAUCAAAAUCACGUUCGAAAAUAUCAAGAGAGUUACAAUGGAAACGUUUGGGAACCAUUUCGAUGGACUCUUUGGUUAUUAUGAGCGGUAUUGGCUGAAGACUGUGAAACCUGAAGGUUUCUCAAUUUACAAUUUACGAGAUGAUCGAACAAAUAACCAUAUAGAGUCGUACCACCGAACUUUGAACAUGCACCUGCGAAAAAAUCCACAUCCCAAUCAAUUUUUUUGUAAGUAA